AUGCAGCUACGGCGCUCUCUGCAGCAGCUUGCCAGGUCUCGAACUUGCGGCGGAAAGGUGACUUCAUCGGUGCGGCGUUGGUGCGUUGGGGAUGCCCUCACCUUGGUAUGCGUUCAGCCCAAAAAAUCGGCCAAGUAUGCCUGUCUCUUUGGCGGCAAGAGUUUUAUCAUCGGCCCUCGCAUCACACCAUUGCCCGAUUCGCUCAAGAAUGACAGCAUCUACCAAGGUGACGAUUCGGGUGCCGCAAUCCUGGAAAAGCAGCUCGCCGCGGAAAAGGACCAAGCCAUCCAUCUUAUUCUCUGGGAGCUCUGCCUACGGCAUCCCGAGGUCCGCGAUGUGUGCGACUUAGGCCAGAUGCUCUUGUGGAACAAGAGGUGGGCGUGGUGGGCUACCGCAGUCAUGUUUGUUCUAAACAAUACGUUUGUUCAGGGCAUUCACGUCCUCGUCGGCGCACAAUACAUCAAUACUAUGACCGAGUUCGAUAGCAUCGGCGGCUGCCGAACCGUCCAGUUUGCUCUCGUCGUCACCAUCGCAGGCUGGCUCGUGUCCCUACCGCGCACAUUCGACGUACUUUCUAGGCUCGGCGCCGCCUCGGCCUUCUUUGCAUUUAUAUCCGUCUUUCUUGCCACAAUAUUUGCUGGUAUUCAGGGCAAGCCCCCGGGCUACGACCUGCUCACCAAGGGUGAGCCGACAGUUAAGGCUUGGCCAGUGCAUAGUACGACUUUUGUGCAGUGCGUCUCGGCGUCUCUUGCGAUGAGUUUUACAUUUUUUGGGCAAAUCACGUUGCCGAGUUUUAUUGCCGAAAUGCGAGACCCAAGAGAGUUUCCCAAGUCGCUUUGGGCCUGCACAGUCGCCGAAACCAUAACUUUCAGCAUUGUUGGCGUCGUCAUCUACGCUUAUACCGGCGAUCAAUACAUUGUUCCACUGGCGUUUGGGUCGCUACACGACUUAUACAAGAAGAUUUCAUUUUCUUUUCUAAUGCCGACUGUCCUUUUCCUAGGAUGUUUAUACGCCUCCGUAACGACUCGUUUCAUAUUCUUUCGGCUAUUCCGGGAUACGCGGCAUACGAAAGAUCACACUCUCGUGGGAUGGGCUAGCUGGGCGGGCAUCUUGCUCACUAUAUGGAUUACAGCUUUUAUUAUUUCGCAAGUUAUUCCCUUCUUUUCAUCGCUCUUGUCCGUCAUAUCUUCGCUCUUCAAUAGCUGGUUCGGCUUAAUAUUCUGGGGUAUUGCCUUUUUCCGGAUGCGUCACGCCGACCACAUCAUCGGCAGGUUUCGGAGCCCAAUGUCUGAUUAUCUACUACAAGCUAUCAACGUCUUUAUCAUUGCGGUUGGCCUUUUCUACCUGGGCGCAGGCACGUACGCUAGUGUGGAGGGCAUCCUGGACGAAUUUGAAGCAGGCACCGUGAGGGGAGUGUUUCAAUGCAAAAGCGAUGGGUUGUGA